AUGCCAGGACGGACAGCCGAGGACAUUCUCCUCGCACCAGACACCCGCCGUGCACCCCUCUCACAGCCCACAAGCCCCGCACCACACCGCCCACCAAAGAUAGAGAUCAAUGCCACAGCUCGCCCCCCGUCCCCAGCCCUCAGAUCCGCUCCUGCCGUGCUACCCAUGCCUACAAGGAAGAAGAGCGUACAGGUGCCGCUGACUGCAAACAGUCUCAAUUCGCUGGAGAGGGAGAUUGAGCGACUGACGGCUGCUUGUGAUGAGCACGAGCGAGUCAUCCGGUCGACACUUUCGACUGUCCGACAUCACCUCUUGACAAACAUGCAGGGGAUUCUCGAGCGCGUGGCCAAGACAGACGACGAUGCAGAGGUUGCUCUUCAAGUCUACAUCCCUGCCUUCCAAGACAAGCUCCGUCAAACCAUUCGACACCGCGCUGAAGAUGUGGAAACCAUGCGUGAACGCACGACCCCCUGGCGGGACGUCGUCAUUGGUGGUACUGCGUCUAGUCAAAAGCAAAGUGGCGAAGCGGAUCAAGGGACGUUGGCUAGUGGAGGAAGAAAGCUGAAGAGGGUGGAAGAUGGCGGGAAGGGCGAUGCUUUGACGAGGAUGGAGAUGUGGGCUGAUGAAGUGGAGAUGUAUCUGAACAAUGAGAUUGUAAGAAUGAACGAGAGUCUCAGAGUGAAACGCACUCGGCAUGUCUCGGUAUACUACACCGUCAUAGCGACGCUGGUCGCACUGGGAGCGGUAGGCAGUGGCUUUCUGAUAUAUUACCCGUCGGCUGCGAUAUGGAGUUGGAUCCAACACUCGCGAGAGGAGCUGCAACGCGCGUAG